AUGCCAAGAGGUUCAAACACAUGGUAUGCAUCGGAUUCAAAAGCUGCAAAUAUAUCAAGAAGUAAAAAGAAUGAUGAAGCACAACUAUAUGCGUAUAAGAUUCGAGAAGCUAAACGGACUUUUGCACAAGAUAAAGAGGAUGCUAAAUUACAUUUGAGUACUACACAAAGGAAAUUGAAACACGAAUCAGAUUUAGCAAAUAGUCAAUCAAUCAAUGAAAGAUUAGGACAACCACCACUAGAAAAACAAACACAAAAAUAUCAAACUAAAUCUGAAAUCAAGCAAGAACAAAUUAAUUCGACUACAAACAAAAAUCCACAACAAGAACAAAAAGGAGUAGUAGGAAUAGAAUCAAAUUAUAGGAGAUAUGAUGAUGAUAGAACUUUACAACGUGAAUUAGAAUUCGAAAGGUCUUUAAAUCAUCAAUUAGUUCUACAAAAUGAACUUUUACGUCUUCGCGAGAGUAGACAUGAAGAAAUGUUUAGGUCACUUGAAUCAGGUUAUCAUGCUAGACCUUCUAGAACUCGGCUUCCUUCAUUCUCCCUUCACGAUUCUUCUUAUUAUGAUAGUCUUCUUGGGAAUUUGGAAAGGUAUCCAGUUCGUGGAAGGUACCUGGAGGAAUCCUAUCAUAGGAUGAUCUAA